AUGACUUGGGGUGCAAGAUAUUCUAUGACAGUGGAGUUAUCGAAUGAGGCUGAUAAGAGCGAGGACACGGAUGAUACGGGAGCAAGUGUGGAGGCAGCAGAGAAGCAGGAAGAGGAGAUAGUCACCAUGGAGGCAGCAGCAGUGAAUGGUGGAGAUGGAGAUGGUGUCAACACUUUUGCAGCAGCGAUCGUGGUUGAAGAUGAAGCAGUAAAUGCGAAGUGUGUGGGAGUCGCUGUGAAAGGGGACAUCGUGGUGAAAGGAUCAAAGGCGAAUGCAACUGCAAAGGGGCGAGUGCUUACAAAGGAGGAACACGUUGAGGGGUAUGAGACCCGAGAGGUGUUGAGUGUUGAGAUGCCGAGGAGAAGCGAGAGGCUCAAGAAAAUGUUUCAUGGAUUGGAUGUCAAGGCGCUCAACUUCAAGACACGUAAGGAGAGGUUCAAGGUGCAGGAGCUGCAGGGGAGUGUGAAGGCGACUUAG